CUUUCAGAUUGGGGAUCGCACCAAAUUUCAUACGCGAAUUCAAACUGGUGGCUCUAUUUAAAAGGAGAUGAGAUGCUCAGUUUAUAAAUUGGAAGCAUAAUUUUAGAGGAGAAAAACUGAGAGAAGAGCAGAUGCACAAAGAAGGAAAGGCUGAAAAACUCCUCUCGAUUGCUCAAUUGAUAAGGCAAUGGUCUCAACUCACUGACGUACAAGCAGGAUCUUUUGCUACAGGGGAUGAUGUGAAUAUCUAAAUAUGCUAGUAGUUCUGUUACUUCUUUUGGGAAUGGUCCAUGUUUGGGCCUGUCCCUCUUCAUGCAUUUGUAAGUGGAAAGGGGGCAAGCAGACAGUGGAGUGUAUUAAUAAAAGUCUCAUUACGUUGCCCUCGGGUAUGGAUCAUGGAACGCAGGUUUUAGACUUCGCUGGCAACAAUCUCGACAGGCUGUUGAGGGAACGUUUUCAAAGGAUGGGGCUCAUCAAUCUGCAGAAGAUUUUCCUUUCGAGAUGCCGUAUCAAACACAUUGAGGACAGGGCAUUUAAAGGACUUACCAAUCUUGUCGAACUGGAUUUGAGCGACAACUCAAUUACAUCCGUCCCAACCGAAACGUUUUACGAUUAUCCUUCUCUUAUGAGACUGACGUUGAACGGUAAUCCGAUUAAGGUGUUGAAAACGAACGCGUUUCAACCUCUCUCCUUUCUCACGAAUUUAGAGCUGAGUAAAUGCGAAAUGGAAACUAUCGAAGAUGGAGCGUUUGACGGUCUCAACAUGCUCGAAUGGCUCAAACUGGACAACAACAACGUUAAAUAUAUUAGCGGUAAGAACAUUCUCCCGAGAAAUUUACACGGGAUCGAUUUGCACCACAACCCUUGGCAAUGCGAUUGCAAUCUAAUAAGUUUGACGCAAUGGCUCGUUAAAUUCAGUGUUCCUCAAUCAAUUGAGCCCGCUUGUCAAACACCAGAAAGACUGAAGGGCAAACAGAUCAAAACUUUAAGUACUAAUCAACUGGCAUGCCUUCCAGAUAUGAAGCAUGUCACACCGUUGAUUCUAGAAAUUUCAGAAGGGCAAAACGUAUCUCUUUUAUGCCAAGUUUCGGCGAUACCGGAAGCGAAGAUUUCCUGGUGGUACGAAGGAAACGUUCUGCAGAAUGAUUCUACCGUCGCUCCUGGACUGCACCUGUACUACUUUGUCGAGGAAGGGACAGUUGAAAAAACAUCCGAACUGUUUAUUUUCAACACUAACGUUGACGAUAAUGGGACAUUCGUCUGCAUUGCUGAAAAUUCGGCUGGCAGAUCUCACUCCAAUUACACUAUAAGAAUUAUUUUAAAAGAGGAACCCGUUAUUGGACUGGCGGUUUUCCCGUAUGAAUAUUUCGUCGUGAUAUCUGCUGCCGUUUCCGUGAUUGCAUUACUCGGAGUGAUUUGCGUCACUCUGUGCCUCAUCCAAUGCAAAAGACAGAAAAGAAGGAAGCGCAAGAAGGACAGGAGCAAAGUAGCAGCACUUCCAAAUCAGCCAAUUAGCGAUAAAACGCCUGUAGUAAGAGACAACGAUACCAUAACUAGAAUUGGAUCUAUUGUUCAAGCGCCCAAGAUCAACGGAACUGCUCAUGGUCAGGAAAUGAUGGCAUUCGCUUCUGGGCCCGGGGUCCUCGUCAUCCCGAACAACCUGAAGUACACAACAGCCCCGAUGCCACAGAACUAUCAGGAACAGAACCCCGAUUUAAUAAACGAUACAGGGAGUAAAGAGUGGAAAGGCCCAAAAGAAGAGCAGGACAUUGAAAAGGGCUGGGUCGCGGGUACUCUUCCGAGGAGAGACGUUUUCCCGAAACACAUGACCGCCGACGUGCAUCUUUCUCCAGGCAAAUUCAUCGAUCAGGACGGAUAUCCGGUCGACUACGGUUUGCCGAAAAUGCCGGGUCCGUUUCCUGUAGUAAUGCCUUCGUCUUCCUUCUAUAGGACCCUUCCUCAUAAACCGAGGCAUGCACCAGCCGCAAAGUUCUCCAGGGAGGCUGAAUUCGUGACAAAACCGGGGAGCACGGCCUCCUUCGAACACUUCAACCCUUCCGACGUGAGGUACACACUGGAGGGGUAUCCGUGCGUCCAGCCAUUGUACCCGGCAUUUCAAGACCCGUUCAUAUCACCGCCGGCGGGAUACAAGAGCGACCCAAAAGAUGCAGCCGCCCAGUGGCCAGAAUCAAAUCUAGACACACUGAGGACCCAGAGCGUCGGUGCGCAGACCUUCGAGUGCGAACAAGGAAGCAACGCGAUUCUUGAAGAACCGCAAGCAUUGACAGAAAGCCCUGACGAAGGUUACGAAGGCGACGUGACAGAGCCCGCGGAAAACUGACAAAAGGCGACCCACCGGGAUGCAAAUAAACUUUAAGCCGUCUAAUGAGUGUAAAAGCGCGAUUUUGCCCCUGACGUCUCUCAUUUCCUCCAAACGGGUCAAACAAAAUAUCAAUGUUCGAUCAGGGUAAUUCUAUGGUCUCUUUCACCCAGACUCUUUACUGCUCAAUUUAUACAACUCACGUUUUACUUCUGAUAAUCACAAAUUUAAGUUUCUCGGUGUGAUAAUCGUUAUAAAAAUCAAUGUGUAUGAACUAGCAUUGUCCGCUUUUGAGAAAAUAGUUUAUAGAAAUAUUUUUACGUGACUGUUGUGUCAGACAACAGGUGAAGAUUUAUUUUUAAAAUCCAAAUAAUUGUUUAUCCUAAAACACCGUCUAAGUGAGUUGGACAAUUAUACUUUGCAAGUGAUCAAACUUUGAAUUUUUAUUAACUUAAAAUUAAUAUAAAAAUAUAUAAUACAAAUUAAUAUUUAUAAAUAUAUACAUAUUACCAAUUUUAUGAAAGUUUACUGUUAAUUGUGAAACGGUUGUUUAAUUUUUAUGAUAUUAGACCGAAAAAAUAAUUUUCGAUGUAAAGAAUGUCUCUCCUUAAAUGUUCUUAAAUGUAAACCAUGUAUGAAAUUUUCUGAAAAUUACCACUGAAUCGUUUUUUCAUUGUACAUAGUGUUGAUUGUUUAUUUUAUUAUUUAUUUUGUUGACAGUUAAGGAGGAACUUCGAUAUUAAUGUGAAUAUGGAGAAAAGCCUAAGUUUUUACACCAACGUCUUAAAAAUGUCUGUACAAAAUUACGAAGCUUAAAUACUGUCAUUGACUUAUUUAUUUAUGACAAACUCAAACAUAAAGGAGAGUUCAACAUUUUGAGAUGUAUAAGGCUCAAGACAUUGUUCUGUAAAUUAUUGUAUUAAUAAACUAAUCAGAUUGUGUAAAUAGGAAAGAUCAUAGGGAUUAAUGCGAAUUAAGAGAGCCGGUCUUAGUUCGAUCUUGAAAUUGAUUUUCACUGUAAAUAUAUUAUAUUCUUGUAUUUUGGAUGGAAAGAGUAAUAUAUUCGUUGUAGAACUAGUUGUCACCCAGUAACUAUUUAUUGUACAUAGAU